UUCGUGGUGUGUGUGCACCACAUUUUCUGAGCAUCGCUAUUAUCUUUCAUCAUGUUUUCUAUCGCGCAAUCGACAAACUCUGGUCUGAUUUAAAUGCCCCUUAAUAAACUACGUUAAAACUUCUAUAUUCAUCGUUUUUUUAAACUGUUAUCUGUAAUCGUCCCUCGAAUUACAGCCUAGCCGUGUACAGAAGAGAAGAAUCAUUUGAUACGAUAUUUCAGAAAAGAAACAAAAGGUUUGGAAUAUUUUUCGUAAAUCGAUUCGUGGGAGGCACGAACCGUAAAGCCGUGGCUUGUCCAAGUGCGAACUUGGUCCGCGGGAAUAGAAAGAGGUAAACUCCUGUCUGCUUUUAAAGCCGAGCACAAGCCGCCACCAGAGAAGGGGAACGCUCGCAUAUAAGACAGAAUAUGAACGCGGCCCGUGUUUAGUUUACGACAGUCAAUCCACCUAGCCGUCACCUUUAUCACCGGGCCAGAUCAAUCACUUCCGUUUUUUGGUGCUUCGGAUGCUAUCGCUAUCUGAUCAUGUAACAAACACACCUCGGACCUAAAUCGAACGUAGGGGAAUUUAAACAAACGAGUUUCGAACGGUGAACUUUUAGAGAAAUUUGGAGAUCCAGCGUGCGUAAGCGAAUUUCGUCGUCAAGGUCCAAGGACAAUAGACAGUUAAGAUCAGAUUUUGCAGGAUUCAGAUCCACCGAAGGAACCGAACGAGGAUUCUCGGAUAUCGAAGGACCAGUAUCGAUCAAACCUCGGGGAUGAAGUCCUCAAGGAUGCUCGGAGGACGAAGACUGGCUUGCACGGUGCUGACGCUCUUCUUCCUCGAGCUGGUGUUCUGCCAGGAGCAAACCGAACCUGGACUCGACGAGCCGGACUUUGAGAUUCCCGAGUACAUAUUGCAGUGCAACAGGUCGGACCCCAAAGUGGAGACAUGUUUCCAGAAGACACUGAACCAUCUUCAACCAUAUUUAUUGAAAGGUAUUUCCGAAUUGGACUUGCCUCCGAUCGAGCCACUGAUCAUUCCGGAACUCGGAAUGGAAAACGGGCAAGGGGCAGUGCGCAUCAGGGCUCUGUUCUCCAAUAUCACCGUGAUAGGGGCAGGGAAUUAUACGAUCACCAAGACGCGGCUCGAUCUACCUUCGUACAGGCUCGAUCUUCACCUGUCGUUUCCAAAGAUCGAACUUCAGGGCCAUUACGAGGUAAUAGGGAACGUGCUUCUCUUCCCUAUCCAGAGCCACGGUGACUUCUGGGCACUUUUCGGUGACGUGCUGGCGAUCGCGCGUGUUCAGGGCGCCGAGGAGAUCAGGGACGGUGUUCGUUACUUGAAAGUAGCGCGAAUGCUGGUGGAUUUCAGCUUGGGCCGUGCCCGAUUCCGUGUGGUCGAUCAGCUGAACGGCGACAACGUGAUCGGACAGGCCAUGAAUCAAUUUCUGAAUCAGAACGCGAAGGAGAUCAUCGAGGAAAUGCGACCGGCCGCCAGCGCCAGCAUCGCCAAACACUUCAAGGACUUUCUCGGCAAGGCAUUGAGCAAGGUGCCGCUCAAAGUGUGGCUCCGCGACACGUAGCUCCCCGAACACGAAGAAAUCUUCGCCACUUUCGACCAUUUCGCGCCAUCUCUUGCAAACGAAACGCGCUCCAACGAUCGAAAAGUGAUCGCGUCGGGUCCAAGGACGAUCGCGAGUUGCUCGAGUAUUCUGAUGGACUGAGGACGAACAAAUUUCCGAAUUUCUGUGUGCUUUUCAGCCCGUCGUUCGUCGGCCCUUAGAAAAGUCAGGGUACUUGCGCGUGCUUUAGCUAAAGAUUAAUAAAUAACAUUAGAAAAAUCAAC